GUUCAUCAGGUCUUGAGUCUCAUCUGAUGAUUACGAUCCAAGAAAGAAGGCAUGAUGAAGAAGAAGAAGAAGAAGAUGAAGAUUGUUGGAUAGGAAGUUAUGUGGAAGAAGCAAAAAAAUAAGUGCGGUUAGCAGUGCCUUUAAUAGCAGUUAGUAUGUUGCAGUACAGCUUACAAGUGAUAUCGAUAAUGUUCAACGGUCAUCUUGGAGAGCUUCCUCUUUCCGGUGCCUCCAUAGGGUCUUCCUUUGCUUCAGUUACUGGCUUCACUGUCCUGCUAGGGAUGGGAAGCGCAUUAGAGACGCUAUGCGGACAAGCCUAUGGAGCGAAACAGUACCACAUGCUAGGUGUUCACACGCAGCGAGCAAUGCUAACCCUCCUAGCCUUAAGCAUUCCUCUAGCACUAAUUUGGUACUACACAAGCACCAUUCUCAUAGCUCUAGGCCAAGACCAUGAAAUAUCUACUGAAGCCGGAGUUUUCAAUCGCUGGAUGAUCCCAAGCCUUUUCGCCUUUGGCCUCCUUCAAUGCCUAAACAGAUUUUUACAAACCCAGAACAAUGUUAUUCCUAUGUUGAUAAGCUCUGGAAUCACGGCUUUGCUUCAUGUUCCUGUUUGUUGGGUUCUUGUGUUCAAAAUUGGAUUUGGGAUCAAAGGAGCUGCCUUGGCAAUUAGUAUUUCCAAUUGGGUUAACGUACUUUUGCUGGCAAUUUAUGUAAAAUUUUCUACAGCUUGCGCGAAAACUUGGACUGGGUUUUCUGAAGAAGCCUUGCAUGAUCUUCUCAGCUUUAUAAAGCUAGCUGUUUCAUCAGCAAUCAUGAUAUGCUUCGAGUAUUGGUCCUUCGAAAUGGUUGUUCUCUUAUCUGGUCUUCUCCCAAAUCCAAAACUAGAGACAUCAGUGUUAUCAAUAAGGCGGCACUAUAAGGUUAGUCACACAAUAUGCUUCAGUAAUAUCUCAUUUCUCUUCACACCAGUGCCAUGGUCAAUUCCAAACUCAAUGACCUGCUCCCAAAAACUAAGAGAUUCUUCUUAUAGUACAAGAGUGUCAAAUGAACUGGGUGCUGGGCGCCCACAUGGUGCACGCUUGGCUCUUUCGGUCAUGAUCAUAGUGUCCAUCUCAGAGGGUGCAAUCGUAGGAAUUACUACAAUUUUGGUGCGCAAUGUUUGGGGAAAGCUCUACAGCAAUGAAGUAGAAGUGGUCAGAUAUGUUGCUAAAAUGAUGCCAUUGCUUGCACUAUCAGACUUCUUGGAUGGAUUCCAAUGUGUCCUCUCAGGGGCUGCUAGAGGAUGUGGGUGGCAAAAUCUCUGCGCAUUUAUAAAUCUUGGCGCUUACUAUGUUGUGGGAAUUCCUUCUGCUGUGCUCUUUGCUUUUGUCUUCCAUUUUGGAGGGAUGGUGCAUCUCUCUCUCUCUCUCUCUCUCUCAUGUCGGUAUUCAAGUUCUGAAAUUGGUUUUAAGCAGGGGCUUUGGAUGGGAAUCAUAUCAGCACUUUCUGUUCAAGUUAUUGCACUAAUUACAGUAAACCUAUACACCGAUUGGAAUAUAGAGGCAAUGAAAGCUGCGCGUGGUGUUCAGAAAAGUGACAUAAUCAUUGACACAGAAACAUAGAUUUGGUUUUCAAACCAAGAAAAGAAAUUGAACCGACCGUUUAAAAUCAUUGCCAAACAGAAAAGGUAAGGAAAUUGUUCCCACAUAAUUCCCAGGUGGAAAAACUUUCAGAAGUGUUUGCAUCACUUUAUCAGGAUUUAUUUCAAAUGCUCGGAAAGAGUGUGUUUAUUUCUC